GCUGGGCCUGAGCGAGCUUGGAGGCAACCGGAGGGAGCCCCAGACGCCAUGUACCGGCUCCUGUCAACGGCGACGGCGAGGGCCUCGGCCACUGAAGGCCGGGCCCAGUGCUGCGGGCGGCGCGGGACUCACCGGUGGGCUGGGCUGCCACCACUCAGCCACGGCUGGGCCGGGGGCCUGGGGCUGGGCCUGGGGCUGGCGUUGGGGGCGAAGCUGGCGGGCGCGCUGAAGGGCGCCGUCCCCGUUCCGCCUCCCGCGGACCCGGAGACGCCCCCUCAAGCCGAGUCCCCGCUGGAGCCGCCCUUAGCCACCGGGUGUCCGCAGGCCCGGGCCCCGCCCCCCUCCAGGUGCUUCGCCAAGGCCAUUGCCAGCAGCCGCGACCUGCUCCACCGGAUCAAGGAUGAGGUGGGUGCACCAGGCAUAGUGGUUGGAGUUUCUGUAGAUGGAAAAGAAGUCUGGUCAGAAGGCUUAGGUUAUGCAGACGUGGAGAACCGUGUGCCUUGUAAACCAGAGACAGUCAUGAGAAUUGCCAGCAUCAGCAAAAGCCUCACCAUGGUUGCUCUGGCCAAAUUGUGGGAGGCUGGGAAGCUGGAUCUUGAUGUUCCAGUGCAGCACUAUGUCCCUGAGUUCCCAGAGAAAGAAUACGAAGGUGAAAAGGUUUCUGUCACAACAAGAUUACUGAUUUCCCAUUUAAGUGGGAUCCGUCACUAUGAAAAGGACAUUAAAAAGGUGAAGGAAGAGAAAGCUUAUAAAGCCUUGAAGAUGUUGAGAGAGACCAUGGCAUCCGACCAAGAAAAAGACUUGAAGGGAAAAGGAGAGAAAAAUAAUGAAAAGCAAGACUGUGCUAAGACUAAAACUGAGCAGGAUAAUGAAGCCAAAUACCGGAAUGCAAAACCUUGCAAGAAAAAAAAUGAUUUUGAACAAGGCGAAUUAUAUUUGAAGGAAAAGUUUGAAAAUUCAAUUGAAUCCCUAAGAUUAUUUAAAAACGAUCCUUUAUUCUUUAAACCUGGUAGUCAGUUUUUGUAUUCAACUUUUGGCUAUACCCUCCUGGCAGCCAUAGUAGAAAGAGCUUCAGGAUAUAAAUAUUUGGACUAUAUGCAGAAAAUAUUCCAUGACUUGGAUAUGCUGACAACUGUGCAAGAAGAAAAUGAGCCUGUGAUUUACAAUAGAGCAAGAUUUUAUGUUUACAAUAAGAAGAGACGUCUUAUCAACACGCCUUACGUGGAUAACUCCUAUAAGUGGGCUGGUGGUGGAUUUCUGUCCACAGUGGGUGACAUGCUAAAAUUUGGGAAUGCAAUGCUGUACGGUUACCAGGUCAGGCUGUUUAAGAACACCAAUGAAAACCUCUUACCUGGAUAUCUCAAGCCAGAAACAAUGGUUAUGAUGUGGACACCAGUCCCUAACACAGAAAUGUCUUGGGAUAAAGAGGGUCAAUAUGCAAUGGCAUGGGGUGUUGUGGAGAAGAAGCAGACAUAUGGCUCUUGUAGAAAGCAGCGGCAUUACGCCUCACAUACUGGCGGUGCAGUGGGGGCCAGCAGCGUCCUACUGAUCCUGCCUGAAGAACUGGAUACGGAGGCCUUGAGUGACAAGGUUCCCCCACGAGGGGUGAUUGUUUCUAUCAUCUGUAACAUGCAGUCUGUUGGCCUAAACAGCACGGCCCUGAAGAUUGCCCUGGAAUUUGAUAAAGACCGAUUUGACUGUUAACAAACACUGACCUUCCAAGUUACAUGGAAUUCUUAAGUUUUUAAUAGAGUAAAAUGCUGAGAAUUAUGUACUUCUAAUUGCUUAAUUGUGUAACUAUUUUAGAAUGAGUUCUUUACACUCAGGGAAGUAACCUAUUAUUUCUACUUUUUUCAAAGUGUAAGCUCUUGGAAUAAAAUAUUCUGAUAGAAAUGUAGUAUUUGAAUAUGUAAUAGAGAAAAAUCACAUUCCAAAAGAGCCUCUACAUAAUAUGACAGCAGAAAACAAGAUCACGAGGAAUUGUGUUGCUGUGUGUAUGGCAGCCAAGAGAACAGCACUUAUACCACCUCAGCACCUGAGGCUCAGGGAUGGAGAAAGAAUGGGGAAGAUGGUCCCAGUGUAGAGUCUGCAAGGAGGCUACAGACAAGGUAUUCUAGUUGUGUGACUCUGAACCAGAGGAGAUGCUUCCAGUGUGGCUUACUCAUGGGCCUGGACUCAGUUCUUCGUUUAUGACCAUAUGGGCUCCUCUACAGAGAUGCUUAGCUGCCAGAGCAAGUGACACAAGAUGAACCAGUACAAGCUCAGAGACCGUUUAUUUUAUAAGGGAGCCUCAAGCGUUACAUGAUGGCACAUGGCCUUUUCUCAUAAGUCCGAUGGGACCCAAUAGUAUUGGAAAAAAGUUAGGAAUCACUGAAAGACAGCUUGGAUGUUUGCAGCCACACUCUGACCUGGAUCCUCAAUGAUUGCUCUUCCUAAGUGUUAAAUACACAUAGUUCCUUUCAACCAUGAUUCAGUGUUGGGGAGGGCUGUACAAACAAACACAUGGAUGAAUACUGGAAGUGGGGAGUUAUGGGCACAUGUUGGAGAAUGGCUUCACACAUUUAUUCUAGCGUUGACCUUGCGAUAUUUGUUGUAAAACUCAUAGGUGUGUAUUGGAGAUUACCAGUGUGCCACUGCAGUUAGGAAAAAAAAAUCAAAGUUUUAGAUACUCUAAUAAAAGUGGGAUUUUUGUGUA